UUUGCCCCUCUGGAAAUUCGCCAACUUUCCAUCUUCUCCGCCAUUCUUAUCGCUCUACUGAAUCUCCGCCUACUCAAUUCAACUGAGCUCCCUAUAAAGCACCUGUACGGAAAACUCCAAUCGAAUCCACCACUGCCUCUGAUAGUGGUGUCUCGAUUUCCAAACUCCUCGGAAGAUGGAUCUGCCUAGCCUCGCUUUGAUCCUCCGAGCCGCCGCCCUAAGCCCCAAUCCCGAUGAACGGAAAGCUUCCGAGCAGCAGCUCAAUCAGUUGCAGCACACGCCGCAGCAUUUGGUGAGAUUAUUGCAGAUAGUCGUGGAUGGAAACUGUGACAUGGCGGUGCGUCAGAUCGCUAGUAUUCAGUUCAAGAACUUCAUUGCUAAGAACUGGGCACCUGUUGAUUCUGGAGAGCAGCCGAGGAUAUUGCAAAGCGACAAAGAGUUGGUGAGGGACAACAUCCUCGUCUACGUCACCCAAGUUCCAACCUUACUCAGAUCACAACUUGGAGAGUGCCUCAAGACAAUUAUUUAUGCUGACUACCCAGAACAAUGGCCACGUCUUCUGGAUUGGGUGAAGUACAACUUUCAGAAUCAACAGAUUUAUGGAGCUUUGUUUGUGUUGCGGAUACUCUCUAGAAAAUAUGAGUUCAAGUCAGAUGAGGAGAGAACACCAGUUUCCCGCAUUGUGGAGGAGACAUUUCCUGUACUUCUGACUAUUUUUAAUGGGCUUAUUCAGAUAGAAAAUCCGUCACUGGAGAUAGCAGAAUUUAUGAAGCUGAUAUGCAAAAUAUUUUGGUCAUCCAUAUAUCUGGAGCUCCCAAAGCAAUUAGCUGAUCCAAACGUAUUCAAUGCAUGGAUGCUUCUGUUUUUAACUGUUUCCGAACGUCCUGUUCCAGUUGAAGGCCAACCUAUGGACCCGGAACUUAGAAAAUCUUGGGGCUGGUGGAAGGUCAAGAAGUGGACAGUGCACAUCUUAAACAGGCUCUACAGUCGAUUUGGAGACCCAAAACUUCAGACUCUAGAAAACAAACCUUUCGCCCAGAUGUUUCAAAAGACUUAUGCAGGCAGAAUUUUGGAAGGGCACCUAAAUUUUCUGAAUACUAUUCGUCUUGGAGGCUAUAUUCCUGACAGAGUUACUAAUCUUCUCCUUCAGUACUUAAGUAACAGCAUUUCGAAGAAUAGCAUGUACAGCUUGCUGCUGCCUCGGCUGGAUGUUCUGCUUUUUGAGAUUGUUUUCCCUCUAAUGUGCUUUAACGACUCUGAUCAAAAACUUUGGGAGGAAGACCCACAUGAGUAUGUGCGGAAAGGUUACAAUAUCAUUGAAGACUUGUACAGUCCGCGAACAGCGUCUAUGGAUUUCGUAAAUGAAUUGGUUCAAAAACGUGGGAAAGAGAACCUCCCAAAGUUUGUUCAGUUUGUUGUAGGGAUCUUCCGGAGUUAUGACGAAGCUCCUGCCGAACAUAAACCCUACCGUCAAAAAGAUGGUGCUAUGCUUGCUGUUGGAGCUCUUUGUGAUAAACUGAAAAAAACGGAGCCCUAUAAAUCUGAACUAGAGCAUAUGUUGGUGCAACAUAUUUUUCCUGAAUUCAGUAGUCCAGCUGGACAUCUUAGAGCAAAGGCCGCAUGGGUAGCCGGACAAUAUGCCCAUAUCAACUUCUCAGACCAGAACAACUUUCGUAAAGCAUUGCACAGUGUUGUUUCGGGAAUGCGCGAUCCUGAUCUCCCUGUCCGUAUUGAUUCAGUUUUUGCAUUACGUUCAUUUGUUGAGGCGUGCAAGGAUUUGAAUGAGAUACGUCCAAUCCUCCCUCAGUUACUUGAUGAAUUUUUCAAACUCAUGAAUGAGGUAGAGAAUGAAGACCUUGUUUUUACGCUGGAGACCAUUGUCGAUAAGUUCGGUGAGGAGAUGGCUCCUUUUGCUUUUGGAUUAUGCCAAAAUCUGGCAGCUGCAUUUUGGAGGUGCUUAAACACGUCAGAAGCCGGUGAUGAUUCGGAUGACAUGGGAGCUUUAGCUGCUGUUGGUUGUUUGCGUGCCAUAAGUACAAUCCUUGAAUCUGUUAGCAGUCUUCCUCAGCUGUUUGUUGAGAUAGAACCAACGAUACUUCCAAUAAUGCAGAAAAUGUUGACCACUGAUGGCCACGAUGUAUUUGAAGAAGUUCUGGAGAUUGCAUCAUACAUGACUUUUUAUUCACCUACCAUAUCCUUGGACAUAUGGAGUCUCUGGCCAUUAUUGGUGGAAGCAUUGGUCGAUUGGGCAAUUGAUUUCUUUCCAAAUAUUUUGGUUCCGAUGGACAACUUUAUAUCAAGAGGAACUGCUCAUUUCCUCACUUGCAAGGAGCCCGACUACCAGCAAAGUCUAUUUAAUGUUCUUUCAACUCUCAUGACCGACAGAAACAUAGAAGACAGUGAUGUUGAAUCUGCUCCAAAGCUUAUUGAAGUUGUUUUCCAGAAUUGCAAAGGACAGGUGGAUCAGUGGGUCGAACCUUAUCUCCGACUCACAGUUGAUCGGUUACAACGAGCGGAGACUUCCUACUUAAAGUCGCUUCUUAUACAAGUGGUAGCAAACAUGCUUUACUACAAUCCAGCUUUAACACUUGGUGUAUUGCAUAACACUGGUCUUGGUUCAACUGUGUUUGAUCUCUGGUUCCAAAUGUUGCAACAAAAGAAAAAGAGUGGCCUGGCAGCAAAUUUUAAAAGGGAACAUGAUAAAAAGGUUUGCUGCUUGGGUUUGACUUCAUUACUUGCAUUCCCGGGUGGUCAAUUCCCCGACGAAGCUCUGCAGCGUGUUUUCAGGGCAACACUUGAUCUUCUUGUUGCUUAUAAGAAUCAGAUAGCUGAAGCAGCAAAGGAGGCAGAAGUAGAUUAUGAGAAUGAGAUGAAUGGACUCGAUAGUGAUGACGAGGAUGAUGAUGAUGGGUCUGAUGGCGAGAUGGGGAUGGAUGAUACUGAGGACGGAGAUGAAGCAGAAAGCAUGAGACUGAAGAAGUUAGCUGCACAGGCAAAGUCCUACGGAUAUGAUGAUGAAGAUGAAGAUGACGAUGAUUCUGAUGAUGGUAGCGAUGACGACGAUGAGUUCCAGUCACCCAUCGAUGAAGUGGACGCCUUUGUAUUCUUUGUCGACGCAAUUAGAGUUAUGCAGGCAUCAGAUGCGCAGAGGUUUCAGAACCUUAACCAGUCACUGGACUUCACUUAUCAGGCGAUUGCAAACGGAAUAGCACAACACGCAGAGGUGAGAAGAGUGGAGAUCGAGAAGGAGAAGCAAAAGAAGGCAGCAGAAGCCGCUGGCGCUCCUGUUCCUGCUAUAUGAUUCUCAAUCUUGGAUGAUCAAAAGUCAUCAUAGUGCCUGAUAAGACGCAAAAAUUCAUUUUGGUGAGAUUCAUUGCCGUCUGCUUCCAGGUUAUACAAACAAAGAAGCAUAUUUUUGUGGAUUUUAGAAAUAUCAUUAUCUCCAGAGCCUUGUGAAACCGUGUGGUUGCGGUCAGAAGGCUCGAGUGUUUUUUGGUGAGGUUGAUUGACGAUGAUGAUGGGUCUCUUAGGGUCUGAAGAAAAGGUGUAAACUCUUUUUGCAUGGUUCUGUGUGUUGUGUCUGUGUCCCUUCUUCUGGAUUGGUUGCAUUCAUAAAGGAGAUUUAUUUUUGGGGGUAUGGUAGGGGAUUUUGUGUACUCUUUUAUCUACAUUAUGUCUUUGUCUCUUUGGGACGUGUUAGUUUUGUUUGGAAAGUUAUAUUGAAAUUUGUGAUCUCACACAGAGAUCAGCAAAGGUUACACUUAA